GUGAAGAACAGUGAAUAGUUGCUUCUUUCCGCGCGAGAAAGAGAGAGAAAAUAGAGAGAGAGAGAGAGAGAGAGAGAGAGAGAGAGAUCUGGUUGUAAGAGAAAGAAAAAGGGACGAAGAAGAAGAAGAAGCAGAAGCAGAAGGAACGAGAGAAAGAUGAUGUCUGGUAAAUACACUUCGAUCGAUAACCAACAGCUUCAAGGAUCUGUACCUGCCGUUCCAGAUCCACCUCCGGUCACCGUCAAGUUCACAGAUUCAAAUCUUAAGACAUUUCCUCCAUCUGAAACACAGGGCAAGAUUACCGGUGGCUCCAGGCCUCCUCGUGAUGCUGAUGAUUCAUUUUCAAAACCUGUAUCUGGUUCUGAUGAACCCCAACAGCAGGGUGGUUGGCUUCAUACUUUUACGGUUGCUGCUUACAAACCUUACUUUGACAUCGACAGUUCAGAUGUUCUUGAGAGGAUUAAAGACUCACUAUUUCCAUUUAGAGGAACUUUUAAUGAAAAAACUGCAACCAACCCUGACUUGUAUGGACCAUUCUGGAUUUGCACUACCUUAAUAUUUGUAGCAGCAUCCAUUGGCACAUUCGUGACAUAUCUAGCUCACAAACUGAAGGACAAGGAAUGGAACUAUGACAUAAACCUAGUGACUUGGUCUGCUGGUCUGUUUUAUGGCUAUGUUACCGUUGUUCCUCUUUGUCUGUAUGUAAUCCUCAAAUACUUCUCUGCACCAGCAAGCCUUGUCCAACUAUUCUGUCUAUAUGGAUAUUCCUUGUUUGUGUUUAUUCCAGCAAUGUGUAUGUCCGUUGUGCCACUGGAGAUAUUUAGAUGGGUGAUUGCAGGUGUGGCGGGACUCAUGUCAGCAACAUUUGUAGGGCUUAACCUCCGGGCACAUAUCAUGUCAGCAGGUGAAAGGUGGUUCUUGAUUGUUGCUGCCAUUUUUCUGUUGCAGCUGGCUCUAGCCGUUGUAUUAAAGAUGUAUCUCUUCACAGUAUCAGUUUAAGAGGAAAGUGGACAGUGUGAAUGAAAUAUAUAUGUAAGGAAGAAAUAGCUUUUUGGCCCUUUAGGUUUCUAUUAAUACAAUUUGUAGCUGAAUUGUAAUUCACAGAUAUAAAACCAUUGUGUAUUCAUUCAUUUAUGGCAAUAUAGAGGCGAAUAACCGGUGGUUUUCAUAACAAAAACCAUUUGUUAACAUCACAUGUGUAUAAUACGUGUGCCUGGCGAUUUUGUCCAGAAUGUUUUAUUUUCUUUGACUAA